AAAAUUAUAUAGCAUUUCCGCAUGAUUCAAUCAUUAGCAUUCCCGCAUAUCACUAAAAAAUGUCAAAGUUCAAUAAAAUGUUUAAUAGUGAAACAAUCACUGGACGCGCCAAUGUUGCCAAAGCAACAUACGUCUCCUUCGCAGUGCUCUACAUAAUACAUCGCUUACGCAAACGCUCGAAAGCUGCUGCCAAAUGCCCCGAAUGCACUGGGGACAGCAAUAAAGCAGCGUCAGUAGACCAGUUUGGGAAGAGAGUAGCUGAAGGUACCUGUGAUGCCGAAACUUGGAAGCGCGUAAGUGGUGGUAAUGAACCACCACCAACAGCUGAAGAUGCCGUUGAUACAAAAGUCGGGUCGGUAAAUCCAGUUGAAGUAGCUACAGCAAGAAAUGACAGUAGUAAAGAAGGAGAGGAGUGGCUUGAUAUAAAAACACUAAAUACGGAGAGCAAAAAUACAAAAAAGAAAUUAUGCGAAAACGAAACCUCCAUAGUAAAUGAAGUCUGGGGUUGCGAUUUCUGAAUGCUGGUGAAGCUUGUUUUUUUUCUUUUUUUUUGUUGAACUCCGUGCAUAUAGUUCUUAGCUUUUUUAUUUCGCUUGUUUAAGACAAUUAUUAAAAUAUUUCAUAUGCCUUAUAUACAGAUGUACCAAUGUAUACAUAGUAAAAAUAAAUUUAAAUCAAAAU